AUGGAUGCGAUUCUGAACGUGGCAAUCCGUUUACCCAUAUUUUCCCCACCCAUUGACCCGAACCCGACCCGAAACCGUGCUUCCACGGAACUCCGUUUCUCGCGCUGGAACAACGCCAACGCCGAGAAGUUCAACCGCCGCCGCCGAACUAUCCAGGAAAUCGAAGACGAAAUCUGCCGCACUCGCCGCUACACCGCCGCCGAUAACAUCACCAACAUCACCGCCGCCGCCACCUCUGUUGAAACGUUCAAAUCCCUCGGAACCCCCUCCGCUCCGUCGCGCCCUUCCAUCCCGGGGAAGAAAUCGAAGUACUGCAAGCCGCCGCCGAAGCCGAAACCCUUGCUCGAUUCGCACCCCGUCGUUUCGCGCGCCGCGAGCCUCGAGUUCCGGCCGGGGCCGGAGAACGUGAAAAUCGGCGACGACGGAGCGUCCUACAUCGUCGACGGCGCGCCGUUUGAGUUCAAGUACAGUUACACGGAGACUCCGGCUGCGAAGCCGGUGAAGUUGCGCGAGCCGCCGUUUGCGCCCUUCGGACCGGCCACCAUGCCGCGGCCGUGGACCGGGAAGAACCCGGUGCCGCCGAGCAAGACGACUGUGACGGAUUUUCAGACGCUGGUUCUGCCUGAACCGGAGGAGGAAGGCGUUGAACCGGUUCGGUUGUCCGGUCCGGUUUGGGAGUCGAGAGAGGAGGUAUUGGGAGAACCGUUGACUAAGGAUGAGAUCAAUCGGUUGGUUAAGGGCACAGAGAAAUCCACGCGCCAGCUAAAUAUUGGUAGGGAUGGGUUGACACAUAACAUGUUGGAAAAUAUACAUACUUAUUGGAUGCGGCGGAGAGUGUGCAAGAUAAAGUGCAGAGGUGUGUGUACUGUUGACAUGGAUAACGUGUGCCAGCAGUUAGAGGAAAGAACUGGGGGGAAAAUCAUUUACAGACAGGGUGGUACAGUGUACCUUUUCCGGGGCAGAAACUACAACUACAAAACACGUCCACGUUUUCCUCUUAUGCGGUGGAAGCCGGUGACUCCAGUAUAUCCUAGGUUGAUUAAACGAGUUCCAGAAGGUCUAACACUAGAAAAAGCAAUUGAGAUGCGUCAAAAGGGAAGGAACUUGAUGCCCAUACGUAAGCUAGUAAAAAAUGGCGUUUACUGGGACCUUGUUACUAAUGUCAGAGAGGCAUUUGAAGAGUGUGAGCUUGUGCAAAUAAAUUGCCAAGGACUUGAGACAAGUGACUAUCGAAGGAUUGGAGCAAAACUAAAGGAUCUUGUUCCAUGCGUAUUGCUUUCAUUUGAAAAUGAUCACAUACUUAUGUGGAGGGGACAAAAUUGGAGGUCCUCUUUACCAGAUCCCAGAGAUGAUGACAAGGAAGCCAAUAAAAUUAAUGUUGACAAUGGAAAUACCAAGCUACUGCCUUCAGAUGACCAAGAAUUUUCAGCACCGUGUCUACAGAAUAGUCCAGUAGAGAAUCUAAGCAAUGAAUCUCUUGACAAUAGCAUUUUAUCUAAUUCAGAUGAUCUGAAUUUGCACAAGGCUGUGCCUUGUCCCACAGAAAAUAGCGAUCUACCCGUGUCUCUGGCUACUGAUGCUGCUUCACUUCCUAAUAAAACCUGUGAAGUUGAAACCACAGAAGGGUACAUGGCCCCAUCUUGCAAACCGCAAAUAGUGCCCGAAACUAAUAACGAUUCUGUUGCUAGCAUAAUAGAUCCUCAUGCUGACAAGUUGCAAGAUGGUUCAGGAGCAGAAGAUGUCAGUGAGCCGUCAAGGUCUGCACCUUGUACAGAAGGAGUUUUAUUACUGUUGGAGCAAGCUGUUGAGAAAGGCAGUGCACUUGUUUUAGACAAAGAAUUCUUGGAUGAUGACUGCAUUUAUCAAACCACAGUUGCCUUUGCUAAAUCAGCUCCACCAGAUCCUGUUUAUAAGCUACCUAGACAGGUUGUGAUUGUAAAAAGUGACAGGCAAGAAGGUUCUUUGGUGACAGAAGAAAGUACCAGUGUUAAAAUUGAAGAUGAAAAAAUGGAUAAAAGAUCUAAAACUAGAAGAAAAGAAGAAUUUGAUGAGGGAUUUCUGAAUUUAGUGGUACCACGAGGAAGGGUAAACGUAGAUAAACUUGCAAUUCUGAAAUGAUACCACUUGGCGGUAUCAGAAGUAGGUAAAUUUGUUAGCAAUGAUAUUAUUUGUUACUUGUAUAGGGAAUAAAUCAUUAUUGUUUGUUCUGUUAUCACUGUCUAUUGCAUUGUCUUUGUUACUCUGUAUAUUCAUAAUUCCUAUAUUAUCUUGAUGUAGUUACCUCUACUGUUAUUAAAUUGUCAUCUUGUAUGAUAAUUCUCAUUUCAGAAAAGAAAUUAAAUAUACUUUUAGCCAUAUUUGA